CGCCAUUUUAUGUUGGAUUGUAGUGCAUCGACUCGACCGCUUGUGGUGGUUUGCUUACAACGCAUAAAUUUUUAUUGAUUUACAUUUCGUGCCUGCCGUUAUUUUGGAUUUUGCCCACAAAUUAAAGAAUAACCUCGUUUUUCUGUAAUUUGACUGCAAUAAUGGCGAACCGAAGACCUCAAACUGGUGGACGGCGACCGGAUUUCGCGCGCAAUGACCGCAACAAGAACUUUGGUGGUCGCACGGGAGUGUCACCCUGGCAGGGCGGCGGCGGCCCCGGAAAUGGCCUACCUAACCUGCUCCCUUUGGCGGGAGGAUCUACUGAAGCUACCUUGGCCCUAGCCAGCAAUAUCAUCAACUUACUCCAACCGCGCCAGAACCCUGUGCCAUCUCUCCUGGACAUGCCUAUAAGACGUGACUUUGGCGGCAAUAUGGGUCGGUAUGAUCGUGGUUACGUUCCAAAUAGGAUGGGCAAUCAGGGUAAUUUCCGGCGUACGGGAAAUUACAAUCGCGCUGGUGAGCGUAUGCACAAUCGUAAACCGUCCAAGCCCAAUGACGGGCAAAGGCAGCAAAACAAGAGCUCCGUGAAAAAGGAUGCCGAUUCCAAGGCCAAACCUGUCAAGGAGAGCAGCGAUCAAGAGGACCAGAACCAAAGCACCAGCUCCGAGCAGGCGGAGAACAAAGAAGACGCAGACAAGAAGGAGCCAAACAAGUCCCGUUACGAUGAGAUUGAGAAGGCUUUGCUCAAGUGCCACAUUUGCAACAAGAGCAUGUGGGAUGGAAGGUCGUUUGAGAACCAUCUGAAUGGGAGAGCUCACGGGAUCAUGAUGCAGAAGACUGCUGAGAGCUACGCUUUGACAGCGGAUACUAUGAGGCAGGAGAUUAAGAUUCGCGAGAUGAAACGCACUCGCAAGACGGGUCAACAACCCGCCCGCGACUUCUACUGCGCUAUGUGCGACAUGUACGCAGCCGACGGGCCGAUACACCGGACGACCGUUGGUCAUCGGAAACUCAAGAAAUAUCUCCAUCCCACUUGCACCUCAUGCCAUAAGGAGAUGCCGACAAGGAUAGAAUUGGACGAGCAUCGUCUGACUGCCGAGCAUAUGAAGGUUAUGCAGGAAAAACAAGAGGUGGUCACCAAGCCUAAGCCUGAAGUAAUGGUGAUAUCCACUCUGAACAUGGAGCAGAUGUACUUGCGCGAAGACCGCCACCGCUGGAGGCGCGGCGACCAUUACGACGACAGGAGGAACAGGGACAACAGGAAUGAGAAGGACGAAGUUAAGAAGGAAAAAGAUGGUGAAGAGCCCAUGGAGGCUGAAGUGAAGCAGGAGCCUGAGGAGAAGAAGCAGGAGGAAUUGGACUCGGAGAAUACUGUUCUUGACUACAAAGAGGGUGAUGAUGUUGCCAACAUCACCGAGGAUAUGUAUCCAGCUUACAGCACUGAACGCGGCGUGGGCCGCUCGUUCCUGUCCCCGUUCCGCUGCGUGGAGUGCAAGCUGUGCCGCAAGCUGCUGGACUCUGAUGAGACCGCGGAGCUCCAUCUGAGGACUUGGAGGCACCACCAGCUGUUCCUCAGGCUCCUGGCUGACAAGGCAGCCGCUAACAAGCAACAGCAAGAAGUUAACCAAGAUGUCACCGAGCAGCCCGCUGAGACGGAGGACAACGUCCACAAACGCACCAUGGACAGCGAAGAGAACGGCAACUGGAAGAGACGCAAGACCAACGCCAGUGAUGAGGCAAAUGGCUUGGACGACAAUGAUGAUGUUCAUAUGAAAGAUGAGCCCCGCAGUGACGUGGAAGCAGAGUUGGAGGCCGAGCCCAACUCUGAGGACCUUGAGGAUUGGGGCGAUCAGGCUGAAGAAGAACAGGAUAAUGUACCCGAAGCAGAAAAAGAGGUUCCGGUAAAGAAGGAGCCGUCCCCGGAACCGGAACCGCCAGCGGCGCCCGCGACUCCCUCCGCCGCCGACAGGGCUCCUCGCGGGCGAGGGCGGGGCCGCGGCCGCGGGCGGGGGCGCGGGCGGUAUUAGAAGCAGGAAAAGUUAAAGAAUUAUUUUGGCCAUGAUACGAUAGGCGCGGUCAUUUUGAGAUUUAUUUUUAAGCAACAUGAAGUCUAUAUAU